AUGGUAAGCAUCGUCGUCCAGCAUACGACAGCGAGCACGACACCACGCACAGCAUCAGCACCAGCAUCGGCCACAGCAGCAGCAUCGACGACUACCUCGGCAACCCAGUUCAGCUCGCGUAGGCUUCCGAGUUUCAGUACAGCCAAGUACAGCAUGCGAUCAUCAUCUUCAGCGAAACGCCCCACCCCAGGAUAUGCUACGGAAACUGCAGACGCUAUCCAGCAACAACCAGUGCACAGAGUGUCAGCAGAAGAUAGCAUGGCCAAAGUGCAACCCAUGUUGGAGUAUCUUCAGCCUCGGACGAGGUCGCAACGGCCGUUCCGUGCAAUCGAGGAGGCGUUUCUUUCCAUGAUGGGCUUCUGGAUGGGGAGGAGGUACCCGUCAGUCCCACGCAGUGCUACGGCAGGCCAUUCAACCGAUGGCAGUUUCGAUCGUCCGACGUCGUCUACACCAACGUCAUCCUCUGUUCGCAGAGGGCAUAUUCAGACACAACCACACCACGAGCGAAACUCGCACCGCGGUCGCGUUCGUACCAAGACCACCAAGCGUGCCUCGCGCGUGCUCAUCGAGAAGUACUACCCUCGUCUGUCGAGCGUCGACUUCCACCAGAACAAGCGCGUCAUCGAUGAGGUCGCCAUCAUCCCCUCGAAGCGUCUGCGCAACAAGAUCGCCGGUUUCACCACCCACCUCAUGAAGCGUAUCCAGCGUGGCCCCGUCCGCGGCAUCUCGUUCAAGCUGCAGGAGGAGGAGCGCGAGCGCAAGGACCAGUACGUGCCCGAGGUCUCGGCCCUCGACACCUCGGCCCCCGGCUCGCUCGAGGUCGACCCCGACACCAAGGACAUGCUGCGCUCGUUCGGCUUCGACAGCCUCCCCGUCAGCGUCACCGCCCCCGUCACUGCCUACCAGGCCCCCGAGCGCCGUGGCCGCCACGUCCCCGGUGCCGGCCGCCGAUAA